AUGGAAGAUCAUAUUCUAAUCUCUGAGGAGGAGGAUCAGUCUACUCCAUUACCAUCACUCUCGAAGCGUAGUCGAAAAGAUUCAAUCUCUGCGAUACUCAUAUCUAAUUCCGAUCCAACACUACAAAAGCAACCGCCGGAAUCUUCUUCCGCUCAUUUGUUCGUCCCUGAUACAUAUCUCUCUGAUGAUUUCUCUGUCAUCAAGUGUUCCUUUGUUUCUAGAGCUAUAAAUUCAAACCGCCACAACAAGUUUUCAGGCAGCUUCAGAAAAAAAGACAGGCUUUCCGUCACGAACUUCAGAGAGUUGGAAACGAAGGAGUCAAUGUCUUGA